CUGGCCACACAUCCGCAGUUUGUCAAGAAGUACCAGGCCAGCACCAAGAUCGCGCCAGAGCGCCCACAGUUCGCCAACCCAAUCACAAUCGUCACUUCGGCCGAGGGGCAACCCGACAAUGUCAUGCCGCCGGCCGUCUCUCCCCCCGCAAUGAAGCGCAUAGCAACCGACGAGCAGAAGAAGCGUGUAAGCGUGUUCUCAAGCGCCGCUGACUACUACCAGCGGCAACAGGAUGGAGACGUGAGUGCGGCGCAGCAUGACGUGGACGACGAAAACGAUGAGGAAGUAGGCGAGGAGAGCCCUGUGACGGUCAACAAGGUGUCGCGGCGCAUCCACACGUACGAUGUCUUUGGGGAGCCGCCGUCCCCAUUGGCGGUGCGCGCGCGACGAGGGAGCAGGGCCGAUAGCCUCAUCAACGACAACAUUGACAAACUCCUGCGGUAGGUAACCACACGACACAAACAAGACACGCCACACGCACAGACAGAAGGGUCGUGGGAUGACAGCAGUCACUGUUUCGGUCUCUCUCUCUCUCUCUCUGUGUGUGUGUGUGUGUGUGUAUGUGUGUGUCUGUGGCGGACGGGUCUGUCUGUCUGUAUGUAUGGGGGCUGGGCUGUCUCGUCAUUCUCUC